AUGCAGCAAGUGUUCGGGGGGAUCAGGGCUCAUGUGGUCUCCACAAGGGAGAUCGGGGGCUUUGCGGUCCUGGCGGCGACAAGCUUCACGGCCGCGGUAAAACUGCACCACCUCACCGAAAGGAUUGCCAAUUUCCGAGAAAACAUCUUCCACUUUGUCAUCUUGGAAGAACAGUACGAAGACUCCUUUUGGCUUUGCGUGGCCAGCGCGGCCGUCCACGGGGCGAAUCUGCUGCUGGUUCCCGUUAGCUGGAUCCGCUUCCCUGCUCUGAAGACGAAGACAGAAGAAGCAAAUGCCACGGCAGAGGACAUCAUGUACUAGCCACCGAUCCGGCAGAGGGCUUCUUACAUGUUGGACUGGCGGCGCUAGAAUGGCACAAUGAUGCCAUCUGCAAGCAGGAACAUUGGCAAGGAGAUCUCGUUGUCGAGGAAGAAUAGGUUGGUCAGUUGAGUCCAGAGCCACGAGUCCAAC